AUGAGUUUCGGAACCGGUUGGAUGACCGGAGCCGACAGCCGAAGCCUUGAUGACAUUUACCAUCUCCUCAAGCUGACUCACAGGGAAUUCUAUUUCAACAUCGCAUCUCUAAACACCACCAUUCUGGUUUACUUUGACUAUGACGAAUGGUCAAGGUUGUUUCACGCCUACAUCGACUUUUACAACGCCAAGAUUGAAGAAGACCAGUACGCCAGAACAUUUGACCGCAUCAUUGAACAAAAGAAUGGAUUGCAAGUAUUAGUUGUCAGAAAAGUGUGCGGAGAAGAGAAAUCUUUGGUUGGAAUCGCGCACUUCUUCCCUGAGCAGACACCAUGGAGUGAAAAGCAGAUUCUCUUGCUAAAUGACCUGUUCGUUGAUCCUUCGGCCCGCGGCGCAGGGCUUGGUAGGAAGUUGACUGAAGCGGUGGCGGAUAUAGGAAGAGAGAUGGGAUGUACGAGGGUUCAGUGGGUUACCAAGCAUGACAACGCCACUGCACGAAAGCUUUACGACACGAUGGCUGAGACUCAAUUUGUUCAGUAUAGAAUGACUUUGUAG